UACAGUGGUGGGAAAAAUAGUAGAAACGAGCUGAUAUUCCCGCCACCAUGCUUAACAGUCUUAGUGGUAUGCUUCGGAUCGAAAACAUUAUUUUUUGGGCGCUUUACAUAUGUUUUCCCAUCUGAUCAGAACAUAUUAUUUAUUUUAGUUUCAUCAAACCACAGGACUUUAUUCAAAUUUUGGUAUCAAGGUAUUCAAGGUAUCGCUUUACAAAAAUAAGCAUUUUUUCAAUAUAUUUUUUUUUUUUGGCUUAGAAGUAUAACUUUUCUAGCUAAAUGUGCUUUUAAAUCUCUUUUAAUCAGCCUGUUCCUAAUUGUCCGAGUAGUAACUGAUGCCUGCAACAUAUUUUUGAGUUCCUUCAAUGUAAAAAAUGGUCAUUUUUUGAUGUCGGAAUCAACAAGUCGUCAAACUUGUGGGUUGUAGCUCUUUAUCUAACUCAAUUCUCCUUUGUCUCUGUGAAAUGAAUCAUCGUUAUUCCUUCAUCUCUCAGUUUUUUAAAAGUAUUUCUUUCUUUAGCUGUGCAGUGCACUCCGCGACCGGUACUGUAAAUUAAAGUCGAAGUUAAAAUCGGAUUUUGACCAAAUUUGUAAUUUUGUGCAAAAUUUACCUAAAAGUAUUAACAACCUUUAAUUUCACAAUAAUAAGAGUAAAGUACAAAUUUCAUUGUACUAUUUUAACGGUCUUAAAAAGAAGCACUUAAUAAAAUAAUGUUACUUAGUACCGUACCAAAUAAAGUUGGUUUUAAGCCUAGAGCUUUUAUACAUACAUAUUUAGAAAUUUGGUUUCAAGUGCAAAAUUAAAUGUAGUUUCUAUUAUUUUUUCCUCCACUGUAAGAGAACAAGUGUUAAGAAAUUCUUAAGUUCCCUCGCUCAGUCGACUGCGCUCCCCCCGAUCAUACACAACAUCCGGAGGUUUAAAGACACUAAAGUCGCAUUUGAAAGUUUAAUAAGUUUGCAGAGUCUUGAUCUGUGCAAUGUGUGUCGGACAUCCGCAAAGGAUGGAAAAGCUUGGCUUUGAGAACGACGACGGCUCUGUUCCGGCGGAACACAAGCAGGCCAAUCCGCAGGAAACCCGCAAACAGGCCAUCCAGCGUUGCAUCCGGUCGCUGGUGCACGCCUGCCAAUGCCACGAUGCCCACUGCCCAAGGCCCAUGUGCCAGAAGAUGAAUCGUGCCAUUCGGCACACGAAAAACUGCAAGCGCAAGACCAACGGAGGAUGUAACAUCUGCAAGCAGUUGAUCGCGCUCUCUUGCUACCACGCCCGUCAUUGUCAGGAGCUGAAGUGCCCUGUGCCCUACUGUCCCAACAUCAAGCACAAGAUCAAGCUGAAGCAGCAGCAGCUCCAGCAGAAGUCAGUUCAUUUUCAUUGAUUUCAAAUUGGCUUGAGCCUGUUUGUGUUUGUUUCGCAUUAAUUUACAACAAGUAAAUAAAAAACAACAGCACUGUAA